AUGAAAAGUGUAAGUGCGUUGAUCUUAUUGGCAGUUCUGGCGAUUGCCAGUGCCCAAAAUAGGUACACUAGCAAAUAUGACAAUGUGGAUGUUGAUAAAAUACUGAAAAACGAUAGGGUGCUGUCAAAUUACAUCAAAUGCUUAUUAGACGAAGGACCGUGUACUCCAGAAGGCAGAGAAUUGAAAAAAACUCUUCCUGAUGCCUUGGCGAAUGGUUGUGAUAUAUGUAAUCCAAAACAGAAGGAUACAACAGAAAAAGUGAUGAAACACUUGGUGACGAAAAAAGCCAAAGAAUGGGAAGGACUAACCAAAAAAUACGAUCCACAAGGGCUCUACAAGCAACGUUAUGAGCAACAUUUGACAAAACUCACCGUCAAUUGA